GGUAUGAAGUCUGGUCUCUCCUGAAGAAAAAAAAAUGACAUCACCUCCUUCUCAUCUACUAAUGGAUAUAGAGUUACAUGAGGGGAAAAAUCUUGAGGAUGUUUUCCUUUCUUACUCAGUGCUUUCACCUACAGGACUAAGAGAAAUGCCCCUCCUCUUGUGAUUUUUAUCACAAUCAAAAUAAACAUUUAUGUUUGUGAAACAUGAAAGACGCGACCGGAGCGCACUCGUUCUUCGAUGGGAAUUAAAGCGACGUGUGUUUUUGUUGAAUUUAGUCGUUUGAUUUUUUUUUUCCUGCUGCAUGGAUAAGGAGAUCAUGACCGCAGCUCGGAUGUAAAAUAAGUUUGUGAGCUUUUUUUUUUUAAUUAAUUGCGGGAUUAUGAUUUUAGAUGAAAGCUCCAUGGAGGAGCCUGACAUCGACGUUGUUGGAGAGCAGGAUAAAGAUGCUCAAGUUCAAACGCCGUCGAGUGACGGCAGGAUGAUCAAGGAGAAGGCGCGAGGCGACGGGGCAUCCGGGGUGGCGUGCGUGAAACCGCCGUACUCCUACAUCGCGCUCAUCACCAUGGCGAUCCUGCAGAGCCCGCGCAAGCGCCUGACGCUCAGCGAGAUCUGCGAGUUCAUCAGCCGCCGCUUCGCCUACUACCGCGAGAAGUUCCCCGCGUGGCAGAACUCCAUCCGGCACAACCUGUCGCUCAAUGACUGCUUCGUGAAAAUGCCACGCGAGCCCGGCAAUCCCGGAAAGGGCAACUACUGGACCCUGGAUCCCAUGUCCUCUGAUAUGUUCGAGAACGGGAGUUUCCUGCGGCGCAGGAAGCGCUUCAAGCGGCACCGCUGCUUCGCCAAGGAGGCGGAAACGCCGCUUCCGGGAUUCCCGCUCGGAUCCUACGCUUCGGCUUUACCGCUCCCGGGUUUAGAUUUGUACCUCGAGUCUUCACCUCCUCCUCAUCAUCAUCCUCCCCAACCUCCUCCUGCUCUUGUCUCACCUGUCGGCAGCCUGUUACCCGCCCUGUCCACUCUUCUGAAAGGUUACCUCCCGCACCCUGCCCGCUCUCUCACCCUGGAGUCCUCCCCGCGCGCGCAUUUCCCCGGCGCACAGCUCGCACCCGCGGCCGCUCUCCCGCCUCUCCCGCCGAGCUUUUACACUCUGCAGCAGGAAUAUCACAAACUGCAGGCUUUGCACAACACCGCGCUCACCACCAAACUGUUACAGCGAUUCGGUGACGCCACACUCUAAUACCUUUUGCUAACUUAUAAAAAACUAACAAGAGUAAACAGCACCGUGUUAGCCUAUGAUAGAUAUGAUGAUUUGACAAAAAGGCUAUAUAAUAUAAUGUGGAAACCCCACAUCUGUGGAAUUAUCAAAGAAGUCAUGCAAUUUCUUUUUUAUUUUAUUUCUUUUGACAUUAUUUUUGUUUAAACAAUUUCAAGAAGAGUUUCUUCUUAGCUUUCCUGAAAUUUUCUCUUAUAUCAAACUGAUCUAGCACCAGAGAACGAAAAAGCAGGAGUGUUUUUCUUUACUUAAAAAAAAUGGACAGUACUUUGUUUAUUGAUCUUUUUUUGCGACAGACGUUGAAGCACAAGUUCAUCCGCAUUUUUUUUCAAUUAUACUGGAAUAUCAUCUUAAAAAAAGAUAUAAAUCUUUUGUAGCGAUUUGCUGACGUUACACUGUAAUAUAUUUUGUUACUUAAAAUAUAAGAAAUGGUAUCCCCCCUCCAAACAUCAUUAAUGUAGCUGAGGACAAAUAAUAAUAAUAAUAAUAAUAAUAAUACAGGAACGCGAAAUUACCAAAAGCGACACCUGUAAAAUUAUCCAUGAAAGGUCAAUUCAGUUUUAUUUUUAAACAUCAUGGACUUAUUUUUAAACAUCUUUUUUUUUUAAAUAAUACAAUUAAUUCAGUAAUCUUUUUUUCUUACUUUAAUAGUUUACAUUGCUGUACAGGUGGGAAAAAUUAAAUUAUACUUGGAUGCGGUGGUUGUUUUAUCAUGUGUGUGCAUUUCUUUUCUUUUGUUUCGUUUUUUUAAAUUGCCGUAUGCUUU